AUGUCACCAGAGCUUCCUCCUCAGUGUCCUGGCCCUGGUCCAGGGCUCCCGAAGAAGCUGCGGUUUGGGGCCAGCCAGCGGGGCAGGGUGGCGGCUCCAGCUGCGGACGCGGGCCACGCCCUCUUGGACGAGAACACACCCCCAUUUCCCGGGGCCCACAGAGCCACGCCUGGCCCGGCAGCCAAACAGCAGGAAGGCAGCUUUGUACGAGAGAUUGUGCAACUGCCAGAGAAGCCGAGGCGUGCAGCGGUGAGGCUCUCCGAGUUCUCAGCAAGUUCUCAUCUAUUGCGUUCGCGACAGCAGGACGCCACUUUCGGGUGGCACUGGUGCCUCGCUCUGACAGAGGGGCAACGUGUCUCUGGGGAGUUGGAGAGCCCGGCUCCCUGCUGGGCGCGGGAGGGAGGAGGGGACCACGCCUGCAGCCCCGGGCAGCGGUGGCGGCACUGGCAGCAGCCCCUCCUGGCAGUGCCUAAUGAGGGAGAAGUUUCCAGCACCACCACUCACGCUCCUGGCUCUGCCUUCCUGAGGCCUACUCCAGUUCCCAUGCCCUGGUGGAAGAACCUGUGGAGGCCUGGCCCAAGAAGAGAAUUCACGGGGCCACCUCCAGACACAGCCUCUCCUCUGCCUCCUCUUCACUCGCCUCUUCCAGCCCCACCCAGCUGCUACAUGGGAGGCAGUGCCCAGGGGAGCAUUGCAGUUUAGAUCUAAGAUGUCCUCCCAAACUCUCAUGUGCUCACAAGCAAAGUUUUUGGAGGUGAUUGGCUCAGGAAGCAUGAUACUCAUCAGUAGAUUCAUCCAGAAUGAGUUCACAGCUGAGUAUCCUUUGAGGUAAGGCCUGGUGAGAGGUGCGUCCCUGGGGGUGUGGCCUCGAAGGGUGUAUCUCUCUCCCUGACUCUUCCCAUUGCUCUGUUCAUGACCACCAUGUUAUGAACAGCUGCCCUUCACUGGACCCCUUCUACAAUGCCGUUUCUGCCUCUGAGCCAGCCAACCAGGGAAUGAACCCACUAAAACUGUGAGCCAAAAUAAACCUCUCUUCCUUUAAGUUGCAGGUGUCAGGUAUUAUGUCUCACUCACAAGAAAAG